GAUAGCUUUUACAUUCUCUCUCUAUGUUACGCUUCUUUCUCUAAAAUGGCGGCAUAUUCUAGAAAAUCAAGCGGACCAGUUCUACGAUCACUCUCGCCGGCCGGCAGAUUUUGCAAUUCCCGACCACCGCCGGCAUCCUAUUCUUCCACCGCCUUUGCAUCCUCAACUUCAAGCUUCUCGUCUCGCUCAGCCACUUUCUUCCACCGCUCCAUCUCCCCCACACGUGUCAAUCUCUGCGGUUCGUCCGGUUCGGUUCACUCUGUCCGGUUCUCCCUCGACCGUUCUAUUUCCUCUAACCGUUCCAUCUCCGUCGCCAACGCCGGCACCGGCACCGGCACCGGCGAGGCGGUCAAACGUCGGAGCCACCAACAGAAGCGAACCUGCAUGUGCUCGCCCUCAACACACCCUGGCUCCUUCCGCUGCAGCCUCCACAAGAGCUGCGGCUCUCGAUCGCCGCCGUCGUAUUCGCCGCACCGCCUCAACGCUCGGAGGUCGGCGAUGACGAACUCGCUCGUGAGAAUCCGCGGCGUCGAGGGCGAUCUCGUGAAGAGAGCCUUAUCGGUGCUGAUCCGGCCAUCGUCGCACCAGCAGCGGCGGCGCGGCGACUUCUGUCCGCGACCGAGCAGGCUCUCCGUCAUGUCAUAGCGGAAGAAGAUUCGUGAACGAGUAGCUCCGGCCGCCGCGGAUGGCUGCGAACUCGGUGGAAACAAAUUAAGAUCUGGCGACUUCGCCGGCGAUUCGGAACGGACUAGUUUUUUUGUUACUCCGAGAACCGAAAUCCUAUCGAAGAUGGUGGAUGUGGACUUUCGACAUGCUUCGUUUCGUUCUUGUGUGUGUAUAUAAUAUAGAAUAGAAUGCAAGCGAAAAAGUGGCUGCCAUUGAUGGCGAUGAUUGAAGCUUUUGCACCUAAUUUCACGAAAAAAAUAAUAAUUAAAAAUCAAAAAUAUACUAGUACGCACUUCAAAAUUGAAGUAAAACUUCAAUUCGAAAUUUGAACUUGAUUCAUCCAAGAUUUUUCGUUACGUCGUCCAAUUUCUUUUCUAUCUCAAUUUCUCUGUUUCUCUGUUUUGUUUCUUUCUCGCCGGCGUUCGUUCCGUCAACAUUCCGUUAUGUCUUGCCGUCUGGGUUUCUGUACUCCCGUGCAUUUUCUUCUUCUUCUUCUUCCUCUUGUAUUUGUUUUCUUGCGUGAGAUACGUAUCUCGACCGUCCUGUAUUUGUACUUUUCUUUGAGU